AUGUGCCAGCAAGAGGUCCGCCGCGUCGAGAGGAAAGGUUCCGCCUUCUCCACGGACCCCCCUUCCCCUACUUCGGUCACCAAGUCUUCCAAGGAGCGCAUCGUUUCCUGGGGCGAACUCUCUUUGCACAACACCGUCGAAGACUCCUGGAUCGCCAUCAAGGGUCGCGUGUACGAUGUCACGAACUUUGCUAAAUUCCAUCCAGGCGGCGACAUCCUCUUCACCGCCUCGGGCCUCGACGCCACUGAUGUCUUCGCAGGCUUUCACAACUUGACUGAUGCGUGGAAGCUCUUACCACCGCUCCUCGUCGGAACACUUGAGGAUGCGAACAAUCCCCCGCUUCCCAAUGUCGAUCCGCAGUAUGUCCAGGACAUCGUCGAGAUGAGGAAGCAGAUCAGCGCCCUGAAGUUGUACGAUUCAAGCAAGCUGUACUAUGCGUACAAAAUAGCCAGCAACGUCGCGCUUUGCUCGUUAUCUGUCGCCAUCGUCAUGUACUCGGGUUCGUGGCCCGCUAUCGCGAUUGCUGCGUUUAUAAUGGCUCUGUUCUGGCAGCAGUGCGGCUGGUUGGCCCACGAUUUUCUGCAUCACCAGGUGUUCAAUCGUAGGUAUAUCAAUAACCUCUUCGGUCUUUUGAUCGGGAAUAUCUUUCAGGGCUUUUCCGUCGGCUGGUGGAAGACUAAGCACAACCAUCACCAUGCCGUCCCGAACGUGACCGACGCGCCCUCUGGCGGAGAUCCCGAUAUCGCCACGACGCCGAUCCUCUUUUGGUCUGAGAAGCUCAUCGAGGGUGAGCUCGAGGACCUCCCACUAUGGAUGCUUCGAAACCAGGCAGUCUUGUAUGUCCCGAUUUUGUGCUUCGCCCGUAUUUCCUGGUUGGUACAAUCGAUUCAGCAUAACAUCCCGAAGCCGAACCCGAACAUUACUAGCAAGGUCAUGUAUUAUUCAGAAAUUGCUACUCUCUUUGUUCAUCACUCCCUCUUUUUCGCACUCGUCGUGAAAGUCGGCAUGAUGUAUUCCGUCCCGAAAGCCCUAUCCUACAUGAUGAUGAGUCACGCUUGGGGAGGUAUUCUACUUGGUGUCGUAUUUGCCGUUGGACACAACGCCAUGGACGUCCUUACACUGGAAGAAAUGCGUGAGGUCGACUUCAUCCGGCUGCAAGUACGCACCACAAGAAACGUUGACCCGAACUGGUUCACCGACUGGCUUUGCGGUGGCCUUAACUACCAGGUGGAGCAUCACAUCUUCCCAUCUGUUCCCCGUCAUCAUUUGUGGAAGCUCGCCCGAAUUUUGAGAGCAUUUUGUGACAAGCACAACAUUUCCUACACAUCCAAGACACUCGCAGACGGAAACAAGGAUGUCUGUCAAAUUCUGCAGGACGUAAGCAAGGCGGCAUAACCGCGACAGACUCUUUGCGCACGCCGGGUAGGGUUAGAUUCUUCGUACAUAGGUUGCUGUAUUAUUCAUAGUCACAUAGGACGCAUGUGUCGAUCAUGCCUUUUGCAACGUCGCAAACUAAAGACAAGAUUCGCUCGUUCUAA